GAGAGAGAGAGAGAGAGAGAGAGAGAGAGAGAGAGCAGCGCACAUGUACAGGAGGAUGUGUGAGUGACUGCAGAAAGCGUGCGUCGCGUUACGCAAGCGGCUCAUGAUCAGCAGCGAGAGGAGCUGCAGCAGAGAGAGAGAGAGAGAGAGAGAGAGAGAGAGAGAGAGAGAGAGAGAGAGAGGACAAACACACAGCAGAGAGAGUCAGACUAACUCCCUCAUCUCUCUCUCUCUCCCUGGGCUGCCGAAGCGCAGGAGUGUUUCUGGAGACGCCAAGGACCAGCGGACAUGAACGACUGACAUUCACGCUUUCCGUGUCAUUUAAGCCCAGACCUCGAUGGCUCUGAAGGAGAGCCGCCUCACCUGGGGCUUCCUGCUGUGGUCUGCGACGUGGAGCUCGGCUUGGUCCUUUACGCCGCACGAUGGGUCCUCGGUCAGUCCCAUAUUUCAUCGCAGCACUCCACCUGCCCCCGAGACGGGGACGAACAGAACUGAGGCGCCUCCGAGCAACUAUACAGGCCUGAGCUGCACGUCGCUGCUUCCCCCUCGGCGAGGUUCGUACUACGUAGAGAAGGGCGGUGGGAUGUCCGUGGGAACCGUUCUGGCGUUCUGGUGCCUCGAGGGCUACCAGCUGGUGGGCAGCGAGAAGAUCAGCUGUGUGCUGCGAGGCGACACCGCUCAGUGGAGCAACUACCCGCCCGACUGCGAGGCCAUUCCUAAACCGGAGGACCGCGGACUGAGAGUGGCCGUGCUGGCAUCGGUAGUGAGCAGCAUCGUCAUCCUCGCCAUGUCCGUGUCCUUCAUCAUCUGCUGUCUGCAGGAGCGCAUGAGCAAAGAGAGGGCGGAACGGACGGACGGACGGGGCAGGACAAGAGACAAGCACAAAUCGUCCUGGAGGAGCGAGUGCUGGCUGGAGAGAGAUGAAGGAGACUGGGAAGCUUUUCCACCACCUAAAAUCUACAACCUUUCCCAGCAUCUCGACCCCCACCUGACCCCCGAGAGCCCGGUCUAUGUGGGGGGACUGGCUGGUUACGAUAACCGCGGGUAUCAGAGGAGCCAGGAAAACCUCCUGAAAGCUCCUCUUCCUGGUCUGUACCGUACGGAAAGUCAGAUGUACCCACACGUGGUGCUGCAGAGGGUUCCCACACCCACAGUGCCGAGCGCACCCAGCGCUCCUGUCUACCUCCGCCUCUCCACCCCUCCGCCCGCAGAAGGCCCCAGCGAGCCUCCGUACCCCAGCGCCGCUCCACAGCGUCUGUGGCCAUAGAAACACACUUUUAUUCAGAACUUUUACAACUGUCGCCAUGGCGACGGAUUACAGCCCCUACAUGCCAACGGCUCCUGGGGUUCAGAAAACCGAGAGAAAUGACGGACUCAAGCACACAGAUACACAGCUAGAGCUAGAUGUUGGACCAGGUGUGUGUCCAAAUGUAGUUACAUGUAGUGUGUUGCACAUGUGAGGAGAUUUCCGAGCGACUCUAAGGAGGCCCACUUAGUUUCCUGGAGAGGAAAGGUAUAUUAGGAAAGCUGAGGACUUCAUGCUGGUACUGUGAUCUGCUCCAGGCUUUUUUUUUUCAGUUAGUGCUUUUUAUUUUCAUGGCAAAGUUUUUGACUACUUGCACUCAUGAAUUGCAAAAUGCAACUGUGUCAGGUCACCUUAGAGCAUCAAUUUAAUAUUUCUAUGUUUUUAUAUUAUGGAAGUGUAGCAGAAUUACACUGUUGUCCAGGUUACGGACAUAUGUUGGAUCUCAUGAACAUUAUACUUAAAACUUGAUUUUGUUUAUAACAAAUAAAAAGAUUAAGAUCAUUG